GUCUUCAAAGUGCCAUAUUCAGUGCGUUUUGCUGCCUGACAAGACAGUCUGAGGUGAUUAAUUUGAAGAGAGCAGAGGACACGCUGACCAACUGAACACACAGGACCUGCUGUCACCUGAAGCGGAUGGUCACCUGACCGAGAUGGUCGAUACAGGACUGUGCUGUGGCAGCCUGGAGGAGCCCAAGGCCCUGAUGAAGAUGGGUCUGAGCGUGGUCCUCGUCGGUCAUGUUAACUUCCUACUGGGAGCGCUGGUGCACGGCGUGGUGCUCAGGCACAUCAACCUCCACAAGCAGGCCCGGGCCAUGGAGUACGCCAUCUCCAACGUGGUGGCUCUAACCUCCGGCCUGGUGGGCGUAGUCGUUGGUGUUCUGGCUAUUAUUCUGUCGAAAAACAAGAAGAGCAGAGGCCUGACGUGGUCUCUCUUCACCGUCAGUCUGGUUGCAGCUCUCAUGGCAGCAGCGUCGGCCAUCGGGCUCUUAGUGUCGGUGGUGAGGGCCAUCAUUCAUGGUGGGCGGAGCCUCCUUACUCACUGCCGCUUCCCCGACGCCAUUGGCUACUCCAGCGUCACCAACGAGUGUCCCUUUGACCCCACGCGCAUCUACAGCACCACUCUGAUCCUUUGGGUGCCUCUGAUCGUGACUUGUGUCGUCCAGCUGGUGUUUUCCGCCCGGUGCUUUGGUGUCUGCGUGUCCUUCCUGGGUCUGCCUUGCUGCCCCACCAGGAAGAAACCCAGAGACUACGGCAGAGCGAUUAAUGUGGUGAGGCCCAUUGAGGAAGUUGCUCAAUAUACUGAGCCUCCAAGAAGCUACAGUGAACCUGCAUCAUGCCAUACUGAGCGUCCAAGACACUACAAUGAACCUCCGAGACGGACCACUGCACCUCCAAGACGGACCACUGCACCACCAAGGCAACAUCACCAACCUCCUCCACCUCCGCAGCAUCCUCCCCGCCAGCAUCAGAGUCUUCCUCCCUCGGAGAGACGGCCUCUUCACCAACCAUAUAGAGAAAGGUCAGACAGAGAAAGGGCAGAAACAAGGGCUGGCAGUCAGCAAAGGCCACCGGAGCAACACCAGCUGCUGCAGAGGGGUACACUGGAAAGGUCCAGCUUCUGGAUUUAGCCAUAUUUGACAUGUCAGACCUUCUCGAAGAGCGAAACACGGGGCUUAGAGGUUAUUUGCUGUAGUUUUUCGCUACAGUACCUGGAGUCAAACACGCUCACAACCCUCGAUCCCUAUCGGUACUUCACAGCUAUGACCUCAGAGACCGAAGAUGGUUUAUUUAGUGGACCUGAUGCAUGAGUUUUCUCUGGCUUGAUCUGUUAGAUCAAGACAAACUAGUAGUGCAAGUUAAUGUAUUUAUUGCCAAAGUAAAUAAAGUUUUUAUUCAAAGUAA